UCAAUGCCCAACAUUCAGACUGUGCUCGGUCCUGAGCGUUUGUCAGGGCAGCAGCAGAUGCACCGUCCAGGCGGGUUUAAGUCCUCUAAGAAGCUACUAGUCCAAUUAACGCAGUGGAGGCGGAAAUCCACCCAUGUCGGCUAUUAAACAAACUCAGGCUACUGCUCCUCGGUGAGACGAUGAAAGUGAACACCGCUCCGGUAUAUGAAGACGACAAAACACCACAUCCCGCCCUCCUCGAACAAGUUGGACCAGAAGCGACACAGAGUCACCAGGGGGAUGCCGGUGUAUUUUAAGCAGUGGUAGUCGUGUUUGUGCCCACAAAUUAAGCCUUCAUAAGCUGCCGGAGAGGAACUGUUGUCGUAUUUGGCGACGCCACGGAGUUUCCUCUCGCUGUUUGAGGAGGAUCGUUAACAUGGAAACGUACACUGACGUGCUGCUCGUCACCGCAAAUGUCGGCUCACUCUUUGACAAUGUGGGUGAAAUUCAAAAUGAAUGGUUACAAGAACUGUACAAGACUAUCCACAACUACAAACCACAGUUCAUCGCGCUGCACUUCCAGGAGGUGGGAGGGAAGGACUACAUGGCCAACAUGGGUCAUGCUGAAGACUUCUUUUGGAGCAUUGAGUCCAGUAAGGAAAUGAAGGACUAUGACAGGGUCAGCAUCUAUGUGGACAACCAGUUUCAAGCAGAAAACAGCUUCACGGCUUUGGGGAGUAUGUACUUCAUCCACAAGACACUGGAAAACAUCCAGCAGUAUGAUUUUAAUGUUAAGGAUUUCAAAGCGGUAUCAGGGCAAAAUAAGUACGUGGGCUCUCUGGACAGUGUCACCACAGUGGAGAAAGAAAAAUUCCCAAAGAAUUUCUGGCCUGAUUUCAAGUGGUCCAGAAAGGGCUUCAUGAGGACCCGCUGGAUCAUACACAACCAAGGUUUGGACCUGGUCAAUGUCCACCUCUUCCAUGAUGCCUCCAACCUCAUUGCCUGCAACUCCAGUCCUUCUAUUUACUCAGCCAACCGCAAAAAUGCUCUCAGAUAUGUCAUCAACAGGAUAUCAGACAACCGCUUCACUGCUCUGCCUUUUUUCCUGUUUGGAGAUUUCAACUUCCGUCUGGAUGCGCUGAGUCUUGUACAGCAUCUGUCCACUUCAGCAGAAAUUCAGACAGUGAAGAAGGACAGCAGUAAUGAAGUGGCGAGGAUCAUCUGUGAAGAAAAAGACAACGACCAUCAGGUGCUGCUGCACAUUGAGGAGAAGCUCUUUGCUUACGUGCACCAGGCGGUUUUCAGGGAGGACAAUGGCAGAGCCCUUUUGAAAUAUGACAAAGAAGUUGCUGCCUUUUAUGAUGUAGUUCGAGAAGAAGAGAUCCAAUUUCCGCCGAGUUAUCCCUACAGUGAAGAAAACACUAAACCCACCCAGUACAUGAACACUCGCUGUCCUGCCUGGUGUGAUCGUAUCCUCAUGUCACACGCUGCCCAAGAGUUCCUCCACAGGAGCGAUGACGAUGGUGAUAAGGAACUUGUUUACAACACAGUUGGUCCUAACAUCUGUAUGGGUGACCAUAAGCCUGUUUUCUUGUUCUUCUCCCUGAAGACAAAUAACAAUUGACUGGGAUCUUUCUUAAUGGUCUAUAACCGCACCAUGCUCAGAGCUCUGUCACAGUAUCAGAGGGUAAUCAGAAGGAUGAUCACCCACCACAACCCAUCCAUCAGCCAGCUGUAGGUCGGGACAGAGUAGGAACCCUGUCUACAUAUAUCUGGUUUCUCACAUCUGGUCUCACUGCCCACCACCGCUCACAGAUUCACCCCAAGCUUUUAUGGAUAGAGGAAAGUCCUAAACAUCCCUCUUUGUAGUCAUGGACGUUUAAACAGGACAAAAGGAUGAUGUUUAUGUUAAGACUGUAGCUUGGGACUUUAAACUAUUCAUUGUUGUGUGCAUGGAUAUUACAAAAUGUGGAUUCUGUGUGUAAAAGGCAUUGUUAAUU